UCUAGGUCUCCCAUUGGUCCGGUGAAAGCAUCGUAGCACAUGUUUGAAACUAUAUAUACAAUGUACACCUCAGUUGUUUCGAUCAAAUUGUUAUCCUUAAAACAUCGGCAAACUUAGUUAACAACAAAAAGAAAUAAAAAAGAAAAACGUUCUUACAAAGUACCACAAAGGAAAUUGUAAAAGUAACAAACGAUUAACUAAUAGUUUCAUUUAUUUAUUGACGUGUUCUGCUGUUUGAUAAUAUCGGGUGCGAUAUAUAUAAAUAAAUCUACCUGUAUAAAAAUCCUUCGGGAUAAUUUGAUUGGAAGUGCGAAUAUUAUUGUGAUUUGAGAGUGACUUUUCAAGAACUUUUUUGUGAACUAUUAAAAAUGAAAGGAUUUGGUGGAAUUUGGCAAAAAUUCCUUAGGAGAACUUACUCGGCUGUUAACACAAGAGAGUGUCCUGAAAGAGGACGACGAGAACAAGAAGCAAACUGUAAAAGCAUUUUAACCAUCGCGUUUAUUGGGGCAAUAGCAGUUGGCUCGGGAUUUUUUGUAUUAUUCGUGCAACCCUACGAUAUACUUUUCAAACUGAAAUGUACGUUUAGCGAUGGGGGUGAAAUUUUUGAAAUGUGGAGGAAACCGCCGGUAGAUUUAUACCUGAGGGUGUUCCUGUUCAACGUUACGAAUAGGGAGGCUUUUCUUAGGGGCGAAGAGAAGCUGAAAGUCCAAGAAGUUGGACCUUAUGUUUACAAAGAACUGAUGACCCAUGAAAAUAUCACUUUCAACGACAAUGGUACCGUAUCAGCCAUACCAAAGCACCCCCUCGUUUGGGUACCAGAACUUUCAGAAGGUAGAAGAGAAGACGAUAUUUUAGUCUUGCCGAACAUCGCGUUAUUGAGUAUUGCCCAUGUGGUGUCCGACGAGUCGUAUUUUACCCGCCUGGGGUUGAAUUUACUGAUAAGGCAAACGAAUUCGCUACCCCUUAUUGAAAUGACAGCGAGGGAAUUCAUGUUCGGCUACAAAAGUGCCCUAAUGACUGUGGGAAACACCUUCAUGUCGUCUUGGAUCUAUUUCGACAAACUGGGUCUCAUCGACAGGAUGUACGACUUUGAUGGUGACUUCGAAACUGUUUUUACUGGGGAAGACGACGUAACAAAAGCGGGACUAAUUGACAAAUACAGGGGCGAAACCAAGAUACCGCAAUGGGACAAUCCCUGCGGGAAUAUCCAAAACGCGUCCGAUGGUACCAAGUUCAAGGGAAACUUGAAACCGAACGAAACAAUACUUUUCUUCAGGAAAAGCAUGUGCAGGACGCAAAUACUGGAAAAAGUUGGAGAAACCACUUCAUCUGGUCUAAAAGGAUACGUUUACCACUUCAAAGAAAACUCUAACGACAAUGGUAAAUACUAUCCGGAAAACAAAUGCUUCUGCAGCAGUGACAGAUGCCUACCCCCGGGCCUACUUGACGUACACGGUUGCUACUACGGAUUCCCUAUUGCCCUAAGCUACCCCCAUUUCUACAAAGCCGACCCUGUAGUAUUCGAAAAAACCGAAGGCUCUAAACCCGACCCUGAAAAGCAUACGUCAUUUUUCGUUAUUAACCCGGAAUCAGGACUACCGCUUGAUGUAGCAGUAAGAAUGCAAAUAAAUAUGGCCCUAGGAAGUAUUAGUACAAUUGCCAACACAGAACGAUUUUCAAAUAUGGUCUUGCCACUUUUAUGGACUGAAAUUAGAAUGUACACUUUGCCGAACAGUCUUGCCAGCCGAUUCAAUCUUUACCUGAACGUUUUACCGGUGGUCCAGGUGGCGGCAAUGUACGCGUUAUUUUUCAUGGGUGCCGCAUUUUUCCUGGUUUCGAUCGUCAGAUAUUUCAGGAAGAAAAGACGCUCCGGAACCCCCAGCCGGACGCCCUGGAUCGACGAAGAAAUUCCCAGUUCGAUAGAACGCAAACUAUCGUACAUUCCCGACACGCGAAAAAAGAUGAACGCGAAAGAGCUCGAAGUUUACUUUAACAGCUUAAUAGCACCCCUGAAUCAGGAACUGGAACACCACGAAAUUAUCGAAACAAAAGAAAGUCAAGGGUAGUAGCGGAAAAUUUAGAAAAAACAUACGAUAACAUUAUUUAUUGCUUAAUAAAUUAGAAAAAUGAACGAAUGGAUAACUAAUAAGCAAACGAAUGUUAGGGCAAGAGUAAAAUAACCAACCGUCAAGUUGCCUGUGGAUACAAUUAUUAGUACCUAACAUUUAGGUUCCUUUUACAAGUAGAUGAAAAAAAAAAUGUUUUUUACAAUCCUUUUGCAAAAUUCUUGCCAAAAGUCCAAGUACAAUUAAAAUGGUGCGUGCAUGUGAAGUAAUGGGUCACUAAGUACUAAGCCAGGGAAGGCCCUAUGUCGACAUUUUAUUGAUUAAUAAUUUCUAUUAAAAAAAAAUGAACCAAUUCAAGGAACGUUCGGCCAUUGUUAAAGUCUGUACUAUGUUGUGUCAUUAGCUUUGGGAUCGGCAGUACAUCGAUCAGUUUUCGCUACAAAAUUUUAACGGUUACCUUCGACGUAAACAAAAAUGAAACACCUACCAACUUAUUUCUUUUUCUUAAAUAACUGUAGCAGCCUACUAUUUCGUUAAAAUUAAGACAGAUCCACAUUCUUUUCGAUAUUUAAUGCACGCCUAACGGAGCUUUUCUAAUUGGUUCGUUUUUGUAAGCAGUAUUCUAAUUAAAUAGAAACGUUGUUGAUUAUUGGGACUUGUAGUAUAUUAUAUAUUAUAUUAUAGUGAUUUCUAUUAAAUGAAUUUGCUCCUUU